AUGUCAAACAGCUCACAAGUCAUAACAUGCAAAGGUGCAAUAUGCUGGGGAUUAGGGGAAGACGUGAAGGUGGAAGAGAUACAAGUAGAUCCACCUAAAGCUUCUGAAGCUCGAGUUAAGGUUCUUUGUGCUAGUGUUUGCCACACAGACAUCUUGAGAGCUCGAGGUUUUCCUUGUCUCAGUUAUGUACUAAUCCAAAUUGAUGUGCAGCCUUCUUUUCCUCUAGCACUUGGGCACGAAGGAGUAGGUGUUGUGGAGAGCAUAGGGGAGAAAGUGACGAACCUGAAAGUAGGAGAUUUAGUGAUUCCAACAUACAUUGGAGAGUGUCAAGAAUGUGAGACCUGUAUCUCAGAGGAAUCAAACAUGUGCAUGAGAUAUCCUUUCACAGUGAGUGGGCUAAUGCCUGAUGACACAUCAAGGAUUUCCAUUAGAGGGCAGAAGGUGUACCAUACGAGUAGCUGCUCAACAUGGUGUGAGUACAUGGUUAGUGAUGCAAACUACCUUGUGAAAGUUGAUCCAAGUAUUGAUUUGGCUCAUGCUACCUUCAUCUCUUGUGGAUUUUCUACUGGUUUUGGGGCUGCUUGGAAGACAGCCCAAAUUCAAAGUGGAUCAACCAUGGCCAUUUUUGGCUUGGGAGCCGUUGGAUUAGGGGCUAUAUGUGGUGCCAAGAUGAUGGGAGCAACUAAGAUAAUUGGGAUUGACAUAAAUGAGAAGAAGAAAGAAAAAGGAGAAGCUUUUGGGAUGACAGACUUCAUAAAUCCUAAUGAUCAUUCUGAUAAGCCUUCUUCUCAAUUGGUGAAGGACCUCACUUGUGGACUUGGUGUGGAUUAUGCCAUUGAGUGCAUUGGUUUUGCCCCUGUGGUUACUCAAGCCCUAGAAUCCACCAAAGUGGGGAGAGGACAAGCAAUAGCAAUUGGUGCAGGAAUAGAAGAAUGUGUGCAAGUCAACCGGUUGGGUCUUCUUCUUGGAAGAACUUUAAAGGGUUCCAUUUUUGGAGGCUUAAAACCAAAAUCUCACCUUCCUAUUUUAGCUACCAAAUGCCAAAAUAAGGAUUUCCCUAUCGAUGAACUUGGGACCCAUGAAGUCCCAUUAACAGAGAUAAGCAAAGCCUUUGAGCUCUUGAAACAGCCAGAUUGUGUCAAAGUUCUCAUCAAAAUGUGUGACGUUUAACUCCAUAUGGUUCUCAGAACUCACAAGACAAUAAAGGGGUCUCAUUUCCUACAUCUAAAACAAUGUGUCCUAAGAUUGUUUCCGUCUUGAUAAAUGUUUCUAUUGUCACGCACAGAGUAUGCGUUCCCCUUUGUCUUCGACUUUUCAUGUUUAUGAUUUGCUUCAAUCUCUUUGAUA